AUGAGCGGGACGAGGGUGACCCUGAACCAACCGCCCCAACCUCCCGGACCGCGCCCCCCAUCUCCGACAGCCUACCGUCGAGCUCAGAGCUACCUCAACGAACCACACACCGGCUACCAGUCCCUCGAAUCUCAUCUGGAAAUCGGUGAAACGACCAGUCUCCUCGGCGCUGAGGCUCAGCGUCAGGCCCCGCGGCGAUCAUACACAAGCACCUCCGGCAUUUCGGGUCCCGACUCGCUGCGCUAUCUCCUGACGGCGGGUAGUCUCCGCCGCACCGCGAACCACAGCCGGACCAACUCACAAGGGAGGCGGUUUAGCCGUCGACCGAGCUUGGGCGAUGAAGGUCGGCCGGCGAGUUUGCCGGCGUCGACCAAGGACGGGUUGACCGCCUCUUCGUUCCUGGAUGAGCGGACAUGGUAUGAUCAAUUUACGUCGACCGACUGGGUGCACGAUAGCAUUGCGGAUGGAGCGCGUCUGCGACAGCUCAGACAGCGCAAGGAUAUCCGCGGGCGGCUCUUAGCCUGGUUUGACGGCGCUCAGGGAUGGGUUUUGGUCGCACUGAUUGGGUGCAUUACGGCGGCCAUUGCCUACUUUGUGGAUGUUACGGAGGACGCGAUAUUUGACAUGAAGAUGGGAUAUUGUGCACACAAGCUCUUUGCGAGCAAGAGCGAAUGCUGCGGGGAGGGGGUCACCACAUGUACGAACUGGCGGUCCUGGUCACAGAUCUUCCGCGCAUCCAGUUCGGAGAAUCAAUGGGUAGACUUUACAUUAUUUGUCGCCUGGGUCGUGGCACUUGCUAUGAUCUCAUGCGCCUUGACCAUGCUCACUAAGACGGUAGUACCAUCGUCGAUAUCAUUGACUACACUGGAUGAGAACCUUGGUGCCGAGGCGCGUGGUACCAAGCGUGGAACGGGUAGUGGUGGCUCGGGCUCCCCAAGCUCGCAGACCAGUCCACACGGGACAUUCCCGAAUCACCCGCCCCGCCCGGCCAUGAUUUACUACUCUGCUGCGGGCAGUGGAGUUGCCGAAGUCAAGGUGAUCAACAGUGGAUUCGUGCUUCACGGGUACCUAGGCUUGAAGACUCUGGUAGUCAAGACAAUUGCGUUGGUCUUCAGUGUUGCAUCCGGUUUGAGUUUGGGCAAAGAAGGUCCCUACGUGCAUAUUGCCACUUGCGUUGGCAAUAUCUGCUGUCGUCUCUUUGCCAAAUACAACCAAAAUGACGGUAAGCGACGAGAAGUACUCAGUGCAAGUGCUGCCAGCGGUGUUGCCGUCGCCUUUGGCGCUCCCAUCGGUGGUGUGCUCUUCAGUUUGGAGGAGGUCAGCUACUAUUUCCCGCCCAAGACUCUGUUCCGAACGUUCUUCUGCUGUAUCGCCGCUGCGCUGUCCUUGAAGUUUCUUAACCCAUAUGGGACUGGCAAGAUUGUCCUCUUCCAAGUCCGUUAUAACACGGAUUGGGAGAUUUUUGAAAUCAUUAUCUUCGUUUUCCUGGGUGUACUUGGUGGCGCCCUCGGUGCUUUCUUCAUCAAAGCCUCGAGUUGGUGGGCUCGCAACUUCCGUCGCAUCCCGGCUAUCAAGCGCUGGCCUAUGCUGGAGGUGUUCCUUGUCGCCGUGCUCACCGGCCUGGUCAGCUUCUGGAAUCGAUACACCAAGCUACCCGUGACGGAACUGCUGUUUGAGCUCGCCAGCCCAUGUGAAGGAGAGUCGCGGUCGAGCACGGGCCUUUGUCCUCGCGAAGAUGGCAUUGUUGAAAUCAUCCAAUACCUCCUGGUGGCAUUCGUGAUCAAGAGUCUCUUGACCGUUGUCACCUUCGGCAUCAAAGUGCCUGCUGGUAUCUAUGUGCCGUCCAUGGUUGUUGGUGGUCUGAUGGGCCGAAUUGUCGGACAUUCUGUGCAAUACUGGGUGGCGAAGAACCCUACGUUCUUCCUGUUCGACGCCUGUCCUAACGUCGCGGGGAUGGAGUCCUGCAUUACGCCCGGUGUCUAUGCAAUGGUCGCAGCCGGGGCUACCAUGUGCGGUGUCACCCGGUUAUCCGUCACCCUCGCCGUGAUCCUCUUUGAAUUGACAGGAAGUUUGGACCACGUUCUACCAUUCUCGUUAUCCGUUCUGUGUGCCAAGUGGACUGCAGAUGCCAUUGAACCCCGAAGCAUCUAUGACUUACUUACCGACAUGAACUCCUACCCCUUCCUCGACAGCAAACUGCAGCCUCUUUCCGAUGCCGAACUCGGUGAUAUCGUGCGACCACCCCACAAAGGCCGCAUCAUCGAUAUUUCCAACUCCCCCUUCGUCUCUGCAUCCGCCCUGCGCACAAAGCUGGAACAUCUAUUGAUGGCGGGUGAAUUGGACAGCGGCUUGCCAAUCCUUCGUGAUGGCAUCUUGACUGGUCUCAUUCCCGCGCCGGAUCUCGAGUUUGCGCUGGAUUCCCUCGGUGACGAUGAGGAUAACACCGUUUGCCUGAUGGCGAUGGAUGCCUCUGUCGCUAUUUAUGAUAGCGAGAACGAAGACGCGGUGCAGGAGGACUUUACCCGGUUCAUUGACCCGGCACCUGUCUCCCUGGAUGUCCACUCCCCCAUCGACCUCGUUUACCAGUGUUUUGCCAAAUUGGGUCUUCGGUAUCUCUGCGUGCUGCAAAAUGGCCACUAUGCGGGCUUAAUACAUAAGAAGGCCUUUGUGAAAUUUAUGAAAGAGAACGAGAAGGCAUAG